AUGGCCCAGGUAGAUCAGGGUGGGUGUGGAGACAAAGAUGAUCUGCAGCACCCAGAAACGGAUGUGGGAGAUGGGGAAGGCCUCGUCGUAGCACACGUUCUCGCAGCCGGGCUGCUGCGUGUUGCAGGUAAAGUCCGACUGCUCGUCUCCCCAGACCUCCUCAGCUGCUGCUCCGAGCACCAGGAUGCGGAAAAUGAAGAGGACCGUCAGCCACACCUGGAGAGAGGCGAGAGAACCGCAGCUAGCCAAGACGAGGAAGGAGGGAACUCUGAUGGAGUGUUCUUGAGCAUUCUCCAGCAGCCGCCCUAA